AUGGCUGCUGACUGGCAACCCGAGUGCCUCGUGCCUCAGAACCAGCCUUCGUUGGAGGCUGUGGGAGCUCAUUCGGAUCGAGCUCUUCAAAACACCUCCGGGAACGUCCAGUCAUACUCGGAUAGUCUCGCACAACAUGAUGUCGCUGGACGAGAGGAACACCUCCAGCAGCUAGCAUUCAAGUAUCCUCAGCACCCUGUUGCCCCUCACCCAGUAUCAGCUCCCAACCUCCACCACCAGGCUGUGGCGGCUCGGCUUCAUGCGAGAAAGCUACGUCGGCUCCACUCCGUUGGGCCCAAUGUAGCGCCCCGCCGAGGACGAAGCUACCUCAAGUCCCAGAAGUACUUGGAAUAUCGGGCCCGUCCUCGACGAGACACCGGCAAGGAUGGGGAGCCGGUCUGGUCCGAUGAGUUGGAAGAUGCGUUCCAGCAAGCCCUCGAAGCAAACCCUCCUAUGGGCCGGAGGAAGUGGUCUGAGCGAGGAAAGUCCUACGGGCGGAACGAGCUGAUUGCCGAGUAUAUCUACAAAUUGACCGGCAAGCGACGGACCAGAAAGCAAGUCUCGAGUCACCUCCAGGUGCUUGACUCAUUCCUGAAGGGUGACCCCGAUUGGGAGCGACUCGUUCGGGAACAGUCCGUCGACCGAUCCAGUGGACAUGCUUCAGCAUCCGGGCCCAAGUGGAGGUCGUCUAUGGAUCACCAUGCGACAUCUAGCCAUUAUGGCGGUCAUGGGCAUCCUCAAUAUCAUGAUCUCAUGAGGGCAGGGCAGCCUUACGGAGAAAACCUGCCACCGCCUCACUAUACCCUGGGCUCCAGCAUGCAGGAUGCCGGAACCAAGAACAUCCAUGGCUUUAGUUUUGAUAUGUGGGUGAGCGCGCCUCAGCAGGCGAACCGCAUCGACAAAGCCCUUCACGCAUAUACUCGGCUUCAGGGAGAUCUCCACCACCCUAUUGCCGCUCCCAUGCCUCUAGAGAAUGUUAGCGGAUGGCGUUCAUCAUUUCCCCAUGUGUCUUCGUUGAUUGAUGACCUCAAUGCCCCCCUUGACUGUGACAUUAUCAUGCUGGAAGUGAACCUCCAGCUCAUGACCGACUUCCCUCCUUCGGGUUCCCGGCUCGGAAUACAGCUUGAUCUAGACUUCGGUCAUCCCACUGCCGGCGAUGUGCUCAUGGUGAGCCAGAUGGAAAACUGGACCUGCAGCACUCGGUUAUACGAAGAUGGACGGGAGCUAUGGGAGACUUACCAUGACCUUCCUAAGCCUCAAUCAACCAAGGUCAAGCCACUUUUCGAAUCAUCUUGGUGGGCCAGACUCUUCACGGAGUUGACACAGGAUAAGCGCAUUGCCGAAGACUCCGGGCAGCCCGAAAGCAUUCACGCCACUGAUGAACGUACGCGCCGUUUCUUCCGUUCUCUGUCUGCAGUGCAGGAGAUCCGCGCUGUUCCCCCCAGCUCUCGCCGCCUCUCGAACCAAUUUCAGGGGCAUCAUGAGGAAAGCGAGCGCAUGGCCAUUUUGGUCUGGAAGUUCCGCCAGACCCGGCCUGGCGAGGUUGGAACAACCACUUGGCGACGACUGGUCCCUCCCCCAGAUCGUACUUCGACCAACAGCCCACGUCCCAGCUCUGGGGUUGAUCUCCCCCCGCUGUCCCUGGACUCCAUUCUUCUCAACAAACCCCCCCAGGGCGUCUACCAAACGCCGCAGCCGCAAGACCUCCUCCACCACCAAAGCCAAUCCCAAUCGCAAUGGCCGAUGUACCCUUCGUCCCACGACAACGUGGCUAAUAUUUUCAACUCCUCCGGUCACCUUGAUUUUUUGACCGCGAUCACUAAACCCGAGGACGGCAUGGGUGAGAAGACAGCCGUUACCUCGGUGCUGGACUCUUUUUCCGCCAGCUUGGCUCCAGAGACAUCUCAGCCCACCAGGCUGAACGUCUCCAGCGGCGGGCCUGUGAUGAUGAACAUGCACGACCUGCCCCUUUCCCACCAAAGCCUGGGCUACACCAUGGGCCACGACGCUAGUCAAUACGUGCCCUCACAGCAACACGGUGUCAAUCUGCACGACAGCAACAGUGUCCUGAGUGGCUUCUUUCCCGGAAAUGCUCAGUCCCUUGACGAUCUAGGCAACGGGCAGGCCUCGUGGGGUGCCCACUCUAAUUCCAUCACCGGCGAUGUUAGCGCCGGCGGCUACCACCACAUCCCUUUCCAGACGGAGCACCAGGCGUCCGCGUCGCGUGAAUCGCAACAGCCGCACCACUUCGACGGUCUCAUGCCUCCGGAUGAUCUGAUGGACAAGAUCGUCGGACGUAUGUCCAACAGUUCCAACAUGCAUGGGGCGGGCCCUGAGCAUGCGAAUGCCGCAUAUGCGGAGAAUGGAACCGUGGAUGCGGUUUAA